GUGCGUUGUGCAAAGGAAUCAGGACAGAUGAUCGCAAUGUCGUGGGUCAAUUUGUUGCGUUUAAAUUAUAUCCACGUGCGGCAUAUUUCCUAGCAACUCAGAAAUCCUCUUCUUUUACUGUAGGAAGUCUUCAUUUCAGAAAAUGGCACUUUCCAUACCAUACCCUAAUAAAAAGUAACCAAACUUAAUGAAGGGAAUGGCGCAGCAUUUAUCUGUAUUUAGAUAUUGACCGGUCUUCAAGUUUGUACAUAGCAAAUGAGCAGCCUAUCGGCGUACAUAAACAUAACAUGUGUUCUAAAAACUAAAUAAUUCAAGCUGGCUACCCCACACAGAUUAACAAUUGACAUUUGCAACUGUUCUAAUUGGCGAGAAGUCACCCGAGUUUGUGUUUACCUUGUAAUUUAUGAAAUCGCGGCGGAAGUAUCAGUGAUUUUUUUCAAAUGUGACAAAAGAAGUUGAAUUUAUUGAAAACUAAAUCCGAAAUUUACCAAUUGCCGGUAGCAAGAUUGGUUUGAAUGGUCGUUUUGUGUGGAAACAGUGUAGUGUGUGCGUUUGACAUUUGUGAGUAAUCGCUAGCGCCUGUGAGAAGCCCAAAACAAGUUUGUGGCCACCAAAAAUGUCUCAAGGUGGAGGAAAUUUGGCGGCUGUCGCUUCGUCAUUAGGACCUCCACCGCGACGCCAUCGUGGCGAUGCACAGCAGGACCCCAGCACAGGAGUAGGGACAUCCAUGUCCGCGCGAUUUGGAGAAACAGAAUGGGAAGCGCGGGAGUCUCAGCGCCAGCGGGAACUGGAAGAAGCCAGGGCCCGAGCUGCUCAAAUGGAAAAAACAAUGAAAUGGUGGUCCGAUUGCACGGCAAAUUGGAGAGAAAAAUGGAGUAAGGUUCGGAAUGAACGUAAUAAAGCACGCGAUGAGGCCAAGCAACUUCGAGCCAACUUAGAAGCUGCCCUUAAGGAGUCCGAUUCAUACAAGCGAGAGAAGAACGACUUGGAAAUGCAAAUCACACAACUCAAAAAGGAAAUGGAAAAGAUCCAUAUGUUAUUGAUGAAACAUGCUGGACAGUUUCACAAAUUGGAUAAUGGUGACGAACCAGAACGGGACGGGAGAGAUAUCAAUUGUUCACCUGAUAUGUCUUCUGAUGGGUUGAAAAAUGUGAAUAGCGAGGACGGACUGGUGACAAAAGGAGCUGGCGACAGCAGUCAAUCGAAAGACCUCGACAUUGAAGAGUAUGUUUUACAGGGAGCCGUGCCAAAAAAUGUUUCAGAACUAUAUGAUGACAAGGAUGAAGUAAGUGCUGAAGAAAAGCGCUUGAUACAACAGUUAUCGAAGGAUGAUUUCGAUGAGGAAUAUUUACUGCAGAAAAUCUCCAUGCUUCAAUUGAGAUUGGAUGAAGCACAAAAGACCCUUCAAGCUGAAAGAGAUGAAAAAACUUCCCUGCACAAAAAUAUUGAGAAAGUGGCACUAGAACUUCAAGAACUCCGCGACAAACAUGAAGAAUUACGCGCAGCUAAACAGGAAGCCGUCCGAGAACUCCUCACCCUUCAAGAGCAGCACCGAGCAGAAGUAAGGAUACUUAACAACUCAUUGCAAGAAGAAGUUAUGUCUCGCGAGAAUCUGGAAAGGCGAUUGUGUGAACUUAGAACGGAGCUCGAAAGAUUGCAAGCUGAAAAUGCAUCUGAAUGGGGCAAACGAGAACGCUUGGAGACUGAAAAAUUAGCGUUGGAACGUGAUAACAAAAAAUUAAAGGCUGAAAUUCGUGAUUUGCAGGAUCGAUCAGAUCGGAAGGGACGUCCAAUGCAAAAUACCGACUCAGAAAUUCGAGUGUUGCAACAAGAACUGGCAGACAGAAAUAAGGAAAUAAGUGAAAUCAAACAUUCCCACGCAAAACUGAAAAAGCUCCUAUCCGAGGCGAAUACAGAGCUAGGUCAUGCUGUACGGCGAGCGGAGCAAUAUGAAUCAGAGGUGAAAAGACUACGAUCUCGGGUUGAAGAACUUAAACGUGAACUAGCUGGCGCCGAAGAUGAGUUAGACGCUGCAUGUAAUCAAGUACGACGACUCCAGCGAACAAAUGAGGAGUUAUCUGGACAGACUGAAGGACUCCAAGUUCAAAUUCAACAUUUACAGACUAGACGUUCAGCUAGUCCUAAACAAUCUCACAUGAAUCAGUACAUAUCAGCGUCGACUUCCUCGGGCACUAAAGCAAAUAUACCAUCCGAUUGCAAGCCCAAUAUCAACGAUUUGCGUCAGUUAUUUGAUGACAAUCGUCAUUGUUUCAACAAUGCCGAAAUUAAACGCCAUAACGAUAAGCAACCGAAUUUGAGUCAAUCAUAUUUUGAUGCAAAGCAAAGCCACGCAGAUGAGAAUAUUUUCGAGUCGAAAUCGCGCAAUAUCGAUUUCGAACGUGUGAAACAGAAAUUCGAUAAUCCUCAUCAUCGUGAACGUUCGUCUUCUAAUAAAUUCAAUAAUAAUUAUAACAAUUCGAAAAUGAGCAACUCCUCGAAACGUUCGAGUGCAUCGGUAGAUGGUUCGAUGCUAUCAGGUGCAGCAUCGAACGAUAUGCAAUCGCAAAAGCACAGUUUGAAUGAGACCAUUCAAUUUUUCGAUGAACAUUCUCGUUCAUCGAAACGUGAAGUUUACUCGCGCAACAGUAUUAAUUUGGAUGGUCUGAAGGUAUCUGAGGAUGAAGAUGUAAGUAGCUGAGGUGGAACGUAUGAAAAUCCUUUUUGAGAAAAAUCUACACAUGCUCUCACAACACAUUCCUUUUAAGACAACAGAGACCGUAUCAGUCUUGGAAUCUUCGUAGAGGCUUUAUUCAACUGAAAAUUUUCAUCAGAUAAACCUUUAACGAAAAACACAAUGACAAGUUUCACACAGUAUGCAAGUAGCUCAAACUAUUUUUGUUAGCCUUGCCGCAGAAUAUAGAAAUUAUAAAAUAGUCAUUUUCCAUCAUAAUGCCAUAUAUGAAUCCGGACCAUUAUUACCAACUCUAAACAGUUCGAAUCCCUUUUCAGACUGCGUAGUUACGGAUCGACCAGUUUGUUACUUGCCAAUGAAGAGAUCAGUGAUGAAGGGUAACACUUCAGCAAAUUCCGCUCAUCUUCUCUAUAUUUCCUCAAGUAUAUUUGUGAUUUAUUUUUGACGUCUAUGAUUGCAGAGAUUACUGAUGAACAAUUCCUUUUUUACGAUGUACUUAAGAAUUAUUUAGAUCUAAGAAGAAAAGUUCGAUAUUAUUUUUCUCCUAAUAUACAAUAUUUUUUUAAUCUACAUGCGUAUAUGAUAUCGUCAAUAAUAUUUAAUAUUACGUAGUGGAAAAAGUAUACUAUCUCAAUGUCUACAAUACCGAAAAAUGAAAGUAUUAAUAAAAAGUAGAAUGUUUUGAAGUUA